AGAGGGCAGAGGAGGUUCUAAAUAUAAUGGAUCAUAAGGCAGUCUUAUAAGGGUCACAACUCGCAACCUUUUUUUCCUUUCUUUUGCUUCCUUUCCCUUUAUUUACUUUCCUUCCUCUUCCUCCUCUUUUUUUUUGCCACCCACAAAAACUUAAAAAACACACAUACCAGCGUAGUAGAGACACUCCCACCCCGUACCAUGAACACCACCUCUGCUUCCCGACGAGCCUCUAUCGUUGCAGCCACAGCACAACAGCCCUCGUCCUCACGACGCCGUUACUCCACUGCUGCUUCCCAACCGCCAGAUGAAGAAACACUUCAUCUACGCCAAAAACUAGCCCUUUUGCGCGGCAGAGUCACCCAGCAAAAACAGCAGCAGCAGCAGCAGCAGCAAAAAAAUACCACCUCUUCCCCUGCAGCAUCCUCACCAUCGUCACACCAGCAGCAGCAGCAGCAGCAACAACAACCUACCACCAACACACCCACAUCAUCCAGCAUCUCUCGGAAGCGCUCUUCUCUCAUGAGUCGUCGUACGUCGCUGGCAGCGCUCACCGCAUCUGCACGGGCAAAGCAGGUUCUUCGGAACCCUGAGGAUCAUCCCAUAAAAAAAUCAAACGGUGGUGACACGAAUGACAGUAGUAGUAGUAAUAACAGCAGUAAACGCAGCCCGGCUAAAAAAUUGAGCACAAAAUUACCUCGCUUAUCCCCGGUGCAACCUUCCAACGAACCUGAGCCAAACCAUAAUCAUCGACCUUCUGCUGCUGCCACUACUGCCACUCCAGCAAAAACAACGACAACGACAAUACGUCCACGAAGCAAGAGCGUCAAAACGGAUAGCGGUAUGGUCCGGUGGAACAGCAGGAGGCAAAAGGAGUGCUGCAAGAAUUUUAUAGACUCCUCCCCUCCCUCCUCUGGUGUCGGCCAUCAUUACCAUUACUGUCACAAGAGCAACAGUAGCAAGACGAGUACUAAAAGUAGCAGCAGCGGCGAGGAGAAGAUUGUCGACUUGAAUCGAAGACUGUUGGCUGCAUUAUUUGCUGACGACGACAACGACGACGACGACGAUAAGCCAGUCCCAGAAGAAAUGGAUCGUGUAACCUUGUUUCCUGAAGACGACGACAACGACGAGCCUAUCAUUAGCAAUCAGCAGCAAUCCAAAGUGAGGCAAGCACGACGCCAUCGGCGCCAAAGCAUGCCAGCUGUCAAGGACGUCAAGAGCAGCUCCUAUGUCGAUGAAACCAGCAAACCCAAUCCUGGCUUUUGGAAAGAGUUGGUGGAUAUCAAAUCGCGAUUACAAAAGCUCGAAGUAGUAAAAAGUGAUGCAGCCGUCGUCGUCGAUUAUAGUGACUCUAAUCAUCCCAUGGGAGGGGCAGCAGGAGGCAUUGUUAGCAGCAACAGCAGCACGACCACCACCGCCACAGCACCAUCCGUGUUCGACCGACCUGCAGCAGGCCUUCAUACCCCAUCUUCACCCCUCAGCAAUGCCGCAUCGUCCACAUCUUCAUCCCAGCAACAACCACGGACCAGUGUGCAUCAAAAGCGCCUGCAGGAUGCGUUUGCUAUCUUCGAGCAAAAGCAGCAUCAAAUCCCUUCCUCGUCUCCACUCUAUUCCAAACCUAACCCGUUGUUAAAGUCCAUGGCCACCGUGAUUGCUGAAACUAUCACGAUCAACCAGAAAUUGUGGGCGGCCAUCCCACAGGAUCUCGGUACAGACGCUCGAUCACUUGUAGCGAUGCAAAAGAGCAGUGACAGCCAAAUGCGCGAGUUGACCGAGGCGCUCUAUUUGCUCGGUGGUGAGCAAGAACAGCCUGUGGAUCCAGUCAUCCUUCCAAGGCAAUCGCGUCGUCAGUCGCAAAUAUCAUCCUCUUAUCCAGUAGUAGCACAUCAAGUAGAGCAGCAGCAGGAGCCAGUCUACGUUCCUCCGUCGCCCGCAGCAACAGCAACACGACCGGCUUCACAUUAUUUCUCACCUAGUAAUGCAAUCGAGCAGCAACAAAACUAUCAUCAUAACCCAUCACCUCGGUCACGACCUGCUACCUAUUAUCAUACGACGAGUGGCAGCACUACUUUUCAACACCUGAUCAAGCCCUUACAGCAGCAGCAGCAGCAACCUACUACCGCUAGCAGCACAAAUUAUUCACAUCACUAUAGCCAACACGGCCUCCCAUCGCCACAGUCGGUCGAACAUUCACCAAGAGGUGGCAACAUCCGACCGUUGAAAGUAGCAGGCAUCCUUGACUAUGCUUCUUCCACUGCUGCAGGAGGGACAGAUAGCGGCCAUCAUCCUCAUCACCAUUACCAAUAUUACCAAAGUCGACAGAUGCCGAAAUACUACGAGCAACUCCAUCGUUAUGCCAGUGGCAGCUUGUACGACGAUGUCUAAAAAGAAUUCCAUUGUUGUUGUUGUUUUUCUUCUUUUACUAUUUUAAAACUCGCUUUGUAUAAUAUUACUGUAAAUUCCUUCUUCCUCUCUGUUCUAUCAUCAAUCACAACUUCCGAUAUAUCCGCGCAAACUCAUCGACAAACAGGAACCCCCCCCCCCACCCCACCAAAGUCACUGUCUGCCUCUCUCCCUUUCUGUUACUCCUCAAAUUCGCCCCCUUUCUAUUUGCUUCGUAGUACUAGUACAUAUUAUCUAUACACAUACAUACACCUUACAUACACACUUAUUACCUAUAACCUCCACCUUACAAAAUAAACUUAUUAUUGCGUGCACAGCUUUUUUGGCUGCUGCUACAACUACUACUACUACUACUGAUGCAACGAGCA